ACGUUAUCAGUACUCGCUCUGCCGAGAGCGACAGAGAGCCAUCACAGGAAAGGUAAGAAUGGCAGGGAGGGACCUGUCGUCGAUUGCUUUCGCCAUUGCACGCUUCCUCCAGAGAGAGAACCGUCGCUGUCCACGCACCCAUCGCCACCGUGCUGCAAGUCGCCGUCGCCGUCAGGGACUUGGCGCAAGGAGUGGCCCUCGCCGCCGCUUUUUCGCCUGGAACCACCGCCAGAACCGCCGUCGUGGGUACGCACGCCAAGGCAACCGCCCGCUCCGUGGGCGAGCACCAAUGGUGCACCAGGCUAGACCCUCGGCUCCGACCACCACUGCAAACCAUGCUGGGCCUUCGGCUCCGGCUCCGGCCGUCGCCGACGACUACAUCGUACCAAUGACUCCGCCGCCAUCUGUCUUCACCAUCCCUCCGAUGGAUUGGCUCCUUGGAGGUCCAUCGGCGCCAUUCCUCGGAGAAGAAGAGAUGUUCCCUUGCGAACUCGCGCCACCGCCUCUGCCCCCGUACGGGUUCGAAUCAUGCCCAGCGCGUACGGGCGCACCACCGCGGAAGCCGUCUCCGACGCCAUCAGACGAACUGCCGGAGCACUUCAUCCCUCCUGGAUACGGCCCCGUCCCGGAUCUCCCAUCCCCGACGCCGGCGGCAGCGGGAACCGGCGGCUACCCUUCCAUCCCCGACUUGAACAUCAAGAUCAAGGUUGAAGAAGAGGAGAUAGAGGACCAGGGCUCGUCGUCGACGCCACCACGUUCAUCACCGGCGACACCACCUCCUCCUCCGGCACCGCCUCUUCCUCCGACGCCUCCGCCGAAAGCCCGCCGGAUCCUGCGCCAAUUCGCCGCGGCCAUGGCGCAAAACCAUGCAGCCCUUCGUGGCGCGUGGUCGCUGGAUGCCCUUGGCCUCACCGGCGCCCCUGGGGCGAGCAGCAGCGGAGCAGGCCGUGCUGCGAAGCGGGGCCCAACUCGCUUCCAUUGAAGACGGCGAGAUGGGGCAGGGAGAGCUGACGAGCAGCGGUGCUGAGUCCAGGUACGAAAAGUGGCGGAGACGUAGGGAAACUAGCGAUCCUGCUCUCCUUAUCCUCUCUCUGUCGGUGCAUGGGCCAGGCCAACUCUCCCCGCUCCUCACCUAAUCAGGCCUACAGGCCAAUAACUCCAAUAAAUGGCUGCUGGUGCUGUGGCGUUUUCAACAGAGAAUAGCCAUAGUAUUUGUAUAUUGCAUAGCAGCCGGUUCUGUUUAUUUGAGAGUGCUAUUUUAUUGUACUAAGAACCUUUGUUUAUUAUAUUCAGUCUGUACUGUAUUGUAAGUUUGGAUAUCUAGACCAUGUAUUAUCUAAGUAAAGUCUCAGACUACGUGUACAUAUUCUACAUGAUUGCUUCAGCAUUUCCUUUUACA